CGGGGCAGGGGGUAGGGGACCAGGGGUCCCGCCGCUCGCAUGGCAGCCCGGGCCGCAGCCCCGCGCCCGCCGCCCUGUUUCUACACCCGUCUGGGUUUCUGUCCCGCCGCCUGCGUCCCCUCCCCGGGCCCAGGGUGGUAAGCAACUGCGGAGACCUGUUAUAACGACUUAACUAAUUCAACAAACGGACCCUUCUGUGAGUCAGAAACUCUAAGGGGUUGCUAGCCCAGUGGGGCAGACUGACUGGAAGACCAAGAAAAUCCAAGCUCAGAGCCGUGUGAUGCUGUGCUCUGUGACCAUGAAACUCCGGGUGUCUGCAUUGCUGGUGGCCUGGUUUGGUGUCCUGGGCUGUGUGCAGGCCGAGUUCUUUACCUCUAUCGGGCACAUGACGGACCUGAUUUAUGCAGAGAAGGACCUGGUGCAGUCGCUGAAGGAGUACAUUCUUGAGGAGGAAGCCAAGCUCUCCAAGAUUAAGAGCUGGGCCAACAAAAUGGAAGCCCUGACCAGCAAGUCGGCUGCUGACCCCGAGGGCUACCUGGCCCACCCUGUGAAUGCCUAUAAACUGGUGAAGCGGCUGAACACAGACUGGCCCGCCCUGGAGGACCUGGUCCUGCAGGACUCUGCCGCAGGUUUUAUUGCCAACCUCUCCGUACAGCGACAGUUCUUCCCCACUGACGAGGACGAAACAGGAGCUGCCAAGGCCCUGAUGAGGCUUCAGGACACAUACAAGCUGGACCCAGACACGAUUUCCAAAGGGGAACUUCCAGGAACCAAGUACCAGGCAGUGAUGAGUGCGGAUGACUGCUUUGGGAUGGGCCGCUCAGCUUACAAUGAGGGGGACUAUUACCACACGGUGCUGUGGAUGGAGCAGGUGCUGAAGCAGCUUGAUGCUGGGGAGGAGGCCACCGCAACCAAGGCCCAGGUGCUGGACUACCUGAGCUAUGCUGUCUUCCAGCUGGGCGACCUGCACCGUGCCCUGGAGCUCACCCGCCGCCUGCUGUCCCUUGACCCAAGCCAUGAACGAGCUGGAGGGAAUCUGCGGUACUUUGAACGGUUGUUGGAGGAAGAAAGGGAAAAAAUAGUGUCAAAUCAGACAGAAGCUGAGCCAGCAAGCCAGGAAGGCAUCUAUGAGAGGCCUGUGGACUACCUGCCCGAGAGAGAUGUCUACGAGAGCCUCUGUCGUGGGGAGGGUGUCAAACUGACGCCCCGGAGGCAGAAGAGGCUUUUCUGUAGGUACCACCAUGGCAACAGGACGCCACAGCUGCUCAUUGCCCCCUUCAAAGAGGAGGACGAGUGGGACAGUCCGCACAUCGUCAGGUACUACGACGUCAUGUCUGAUGAGGAAAUCGAGAAGAUCAAGGAGAUCGCGAAACCCAAACUUGCACGAGCCACUGUUCGUGAUCCCAAGACAGGUGUCCUCACUGUCGCCAGCUACAGGGUUUCCAAAAGCUCCUGGCUAGAGGAGACUGAAGACCCGGUUGUGGCUCGACUGAAUCUUCGGAUGCAGCACAUCACAGGACUCUCAGUAAAGACUGCAGAAUUGUUGCAGGUUGCUAAUUACGGAAUGGGAGGACAGUACGAGCCACAUUUUGACUUCUCUAGGAACGAUGAGCAAGAUGUUUUCAAGCAUUUAGGGACGGGGAAUCGUGUGGCCACAUUCUUAAACUACAUGAGUGAUGUAGAAGCUGGGGGUGCCACCGUCUUUCCUGAUCUGGGGGCUGCAAUUUGGCCUAAGAAGGGCACAGCAGUAUUCUGGUACAAUCUCCUCAGGAGUGGGGAAGGUGACUACCGAACGAGACACGCUGCCUGCCCCGUACUUGUGGGCUGCAAGUGGGUCUCCAAUAAGUGGUUCCAUGAACGAGGCCAGGAGUUCUUGAGGCCGUGUGGAUCAACAGAAGUCGACUGACAUCCUUUUCCGCCCUUCCUCUUCCUGGCCCCACAGCUCUUUGUCUUCAAGUUCAACGUGACAGACACCUUUGUAUGUUCCAGCCCCGUCAGGCAGGUCUUUGGAGUAGCAAAUGUUUGUCUGGAGCAGAGAAAGCAGACAGGGGAGGGUCCUGGGUGACCUUGGCCCCAGCCUCUCUGGUCAGCUUGUGCCAUCUCGGGUCAGAGCAGCUGCAGCAGAGUUGGGCUCCAGCACCUGGUAAGGUGCUUCUGUACCUCAGAUGUUUUAGGUGUGAGAUGUUUCAGUGAACCAAAGUUCUGAUAUCUUGUUUACAUGUUUGUUUUUAUGGCAUUUCUAUUAAUGUGGCUUUAACCAAAAAAUAAAAUGUCCCUGCCAGUAGUCUUAAAGAGCUUUAUUUGGAGUAUUUUUUACGAUGGGGGAGCUUUUCUGAAAUUCACCAUUUCCUGUGCAUCUCUGUGGAGGCAGAGCCUGGGUAAUGAAUACUUCAGUGGCUAAACCCUGACCUUGGGUACUAGAUGUGGUUUCAACACUUACAUCUCCUCUGAUUUAGUGUCCUUUCUGGAAAGUGAGGGAAAUAGUUUCUCCUUGCCACCCAGAGAACAUAGAGAUCGUGUAUAUUCAUGAUUGUGAUACUGUUAUAAUCUGAAAUUUGUUUUUAAAUGUUGAGACAUACACGCAGAAUUGUUUGUGAUACACAGAUCUACAGUUUAAAGAAUAUGAAGAUGAGCACGUAUACCAUGUCACCAUCACCCAAAUCAUUUUCAGAUGCACACCUAGGCGCCCCUUGGGAGCCUCUCCUGGAUCACAUCUCCUGCCCUGCCUCAUCCCUGCCCCCAGUACUUUGGUGGUAACCAUUGUCUAAUGUUUUGUGGCAGUCAAUCCUUUGCUUUUCUUUGUAGUUUUACUAUCUGUGUCUGUAUCCCUAAUUAAGUAGUCAUUUUAUUUUCUUUGAUUUUUGAACUUUUUGUAAAUGGAAUCAGAGUAUAUUUUUGGGGGUGUGUGGCUUCUUUUGUUCAGCAGUUAUUUUUAAGAUUCAUUCAUAUUGUUCUAUAUAGUUUGUUUUAAUUUAUAUAGUCAUUGUUUUGUUAAUGUAUAUUGUAGGAUGAUACCUAAUAUAGCCAAUAUACUAUUGAUAGAUAUUUGAGUUGGUUUCAGUCUUUGUAUAGUAUCAAUAAUGCCAUUUGCAUUUUUAUACAUAAUUCUGGCUACACACAAACACACAUUUCUGUAGAAUACAUAUCUAGAAGUGGAAAUGCAGAGUCUUACUAGGCGAGUCUUCAACUUUACUGUAU